AUGCAAACCCAAGAUAAGAAAAUCUACACUCCAGAGGAGAUUAAAAAGAUAGCCCCAGGUUAUCGAGGGAAACCUGAAAAAUUCGAUCCAGCUAAGGUUGGAAAGAAAAGAGAAGGUCAACCCAACAAAAAGCAGGGCCCGACAUCGUCGAAAGUGCCUGCACCAACAGCAACGGACAAAGCUGCGAACCCGACUCCACCUAAGAACGCUCCCAUGUGGGCGGAAUCAGUGUUUGGAAUCGACGUGGCCGUACGUGAGCUGGACGUCAACCAGGAAAUCACCCCAACAUUCGGGAGAUUACCAGAGGUUGUCGAGGAAGUCUACUCCGCAAUCGGAGGAGACGACCAAUCGUUAAGUAAACAAAUGACCAAAGGCAUGCUGAUGUAUUACAGCACAGCGAUGCUAUGGGCACGUUUACUUGACAUAAAAGCCAAGCGCGGCAACGCAAACUUGAGCUAUGAGGAAAUAGAAUUCUGCAAAGCGAUCAUGCAGCACGAAUUUAACAUUCCCCAACCCAUCUACCUGUUCCUAAAAGGUAUAGGUGAGGUCAAAGAUCCGACGGGCAAGGUCUCGGUCUUUGCAAUAAAAACAGUUUAA